AUGUUCGAAUGCGACUGCAGCCUGCUGUGGAUGAACCGAUUGGCCGUCGAGACGAACAACGAACAGGUGAUGCGCGAGCUGACGUCCGCCCAGUGUCAGAUGAACGACACGGCCGACAACGACGGCGGCGGCGACUUGGCCGAUUUGAAAGUGGCGGGCCCGCGGAACGUUUACAGCGGCGACAGCGGAGGGUACGGUGCGAACCAGGUGGACGCCGAGACGACGGUGGACAAGGCGAUAUCGGUGGGAGGUGGAGGAAUGAUGGGCGGGGCCGACGGAGGGUUGCCCAAGUCGUUCGACGAACCGCAGGUGGUGGCCAUCAGCUCUUUGAAUGAGGACACGUGCCCGGGCAAGGAGCAGCCGCUCGUGGACGGGGCGCCAGAUGCUGCCCAAAAUUCGGAUCGCGUGCUCUGGGAGUCGACCAAGUCAGCUUCGGCGGCAGGGUCCACUCUCCAAGCGCCACUGGGUAGGUCGGCCCUGCCCGUCCUCGCUUUGGUCUUCGCCAUCAUCAUCCGUUCGCGUCGCUGUUAG